CCUCCACUGGAAUCGAUGUGCUUUCUCCUGGCUUUUUACAGGUUGAUGAUUCAGUUCGCAAGUUUGCAGAGAAAGGGUUUGACCCCAUCCGGAAUCGGUGUUAUUCUCUCGCCUCGGUGAUGGUGUUUUGUUCUUUCCUGCAUCUUCUCGCCUAGUGAACGCAGCGGUAACUUUGCUGAAACCAAUCUGGACAAGCAUACAGGUAUUUUUCCACUUCAAGAGCCAUGAUUGAAGCAUCGAAAUCUCCUGCGAAAACCAAACUGGCACGUUCAGUGGCACGUCUCGUGAACUCUAAUCCGUGGUCAGAGGAGCUCGAGUCUUCUCUCUCGUCUCUUUCUCCCUCCGAAUCCUUCUCUAAGACCACCGUUCUCCAGACCCUUCGUCUCGUGAAGACCCCUGCCAAAGCCCUUAGAUUCUUCGACUGGGUUUCGCAGAAGGGGUUCUCUCACAAUGAUCAGUCAUUCUUCCUCAUGCUAGAAGUUCUGGGUCGAGCUCGGAAUCUCAAUGUUGCUCGUAAUUUCCUGUUCUCCAUCAGGAAAAGGUCUAAUGGAUCCGUUAAGCUCCAGGACCGGUUCUUCAAUAGCUUGAUUAGGAGCUACGGAAAUGCCGGACUGUUCCAAGCUUCAAUCAAGUUGUUCGAGACAAUGAAGGAAAUGGGUGUUUCCCCUUCGGUCGUCACGUUCAAUAGCUUGUUCUCGAUUCUGCUCAAGCGGGGUAAGACUGGUAUGGUCCAUAACAUGUUCGACGAAAUGCUUCAUACGUACGGGGUCACUCCAGAUUCGUAUACAUAUAAUAUAUUGAUUAGGGGGUUCUGUAAGGAUUCUAUGGUACAUGAAGGGUUUAGACUUUUCAAAGAAAUGGAGCAGAGUAAGUGCCAUCCCAAUGUUGUGACAUACAACACAAUCGUGGAUGGCUUGUGUAGAGCCGGAAAGGUGAAAAUUGCACAUAAUGUGGUGAAGGGUAUGAUGAAGAAGGGAACGGAUUUACGCCCUAACAUUGUAACCUACACCACUUUGGUGAGAGGGUAUUGCAUGAAGCAUGAAAUCGAUGAGGCUUUGGCUGUUUUCCGUGAGAUGCUGACUAGGGGGCUGAAACCGAAUGAUAUUACUUACAACACUCUGAUAAAGGGGUUGUGUGAGGCACAGAGAUAUGAAGAGAUCAAAGAGAUUUUGGAUGUAGGGGGAAAAUCUUCCGGUUUUGCUCCAGAUGCGUGCACUUACAAUAUUUUGAUCGCUGCCCACUGCGAUGCGGGAAAUCUGGAUGCAGCAACGAAGGUCUUUGGAGAAAUGGUGAAUCUGAAUGUGCAGCCUGAUUCGGCCUCGUAUAGUAUCUUGAUCCGAAAUUUCUGCCAGAGGAAGGAUUUUGAAAGAGCAGAGGCAUUGUUGAACGAGUUACUGGAGAAGGAGAUAUUGUUAGGUAAGGAUGGAUGCAAACCUCUGUUCGCAGCCUAUAACCCCGUGUUCACAUAUUUAUGUGCUAAUGGGAAAACAGAGAAAGCCGAGAAAGUGUUCAGGCAGCUAAUGAAAAGAGGGACACAAGACUCACCUUCUUACAAGACUUUGAUCAUGGGUUUCUGCAGAGAAGGUAAAUUCAAGGCUGCUUAUGAGCUGUUGGUCCUAAUGUUGAGACAGGAUUUUGAGCCGGAAUUUGAAAUCUACGAGUUCUUGAUUAAUGGGCUUUUGAAGAAGGGCGAAGCUGCUAUUGCCUACAAGACGCUACAAAAGAUGCUUAGGAGCUCUCAUCUUCCAGGAGCAAUCGUGUUUCACUCCAUACUUGCAGAGCUUGUGAAAGCGAAAUGUCCGAACGAGUCUUUCGGCUUGUUAAAGCUGAUGUUGGAAAAGGGAAUAAGACAGAACAUGGAUCUGUCAACACAUGCUGUCAUCUCGCUCUUCAGCAGCGGACAAAAGGAUAAAGGGUUUCAGAUUGUCACAUUGCUCUACGAUAACGGGUAUCUGGUUGAUAUGGAGAAAUUACUCCACUCCCUCUGCGAGAGUAGAAACAUGCUUGAGGCGCAUAGACUGUUGCUGUUUUGUAUGGAAAGAAGCCAAAGUGUUGAUACAAGAACAUGCGACACAGUCAUAGAAGAACUAUGCAGACGUAAGAGACCCUCGGAAGCGUUCGGUCUGUACUACGAGUUGGUGGAAAAGGGGAACCACCAACAGCUCAACUGCCAUGAUGUAUUGAGAAAUGCCUUGGAGGCUGCCGGAAAACGGGAUGAACUUCAUUUUGUGUUGAAGAGGAUGGCCCUGAACUGAAUUUACGACAAUGUCGUAUGGUCUGAUAUUCACGCCCUCGGUUUUAGACUGUCACUGUGAUCGGCGGCACGUUCUCGGUCACAUCAUAUCUGUCUCUGUGUGGAAAUAGAUCAAGACGGGAAGAAACGGCAUGCAUUCCGAAUGUCUAAACUCGGAAUGGAACCCCGUCAUCGGCCACAAACAAAACCCUUGAUUCAGAAAUUUACUUCACUUUCGAUCGGGUUACGUGUAUAUGUGUGUGGACUGUUUCGUUACAGUGUGGGACCAAAGAAAAA